AUGGACUUGAAGGCUAAAAUUGCUGCCAUUGAUGUAGAAAUUUUCCAACUGCGUAAACGUCGAAAUGCUUAUUUAGCAAAAAUGCAGCUUAUGGAAGAACAUGUUAAUACGAAUCGAAGUAAAAAAAAAAGUAGCGACGAGACAAACAGCAGUGACGAAUCGUUUAGUACUACUGAGUUGUUCGAAAUGAGCUUAUCAUCGGUUAGCUCUUCAAUACUUGGUAGUCAGAUAUCUUUUCACACCAAUGAAAAUGAGUCGGAAUGCGAUGACAAUUUGGAAAAGGGUCAUCACAGUCGCAUGCGCCAUAAGAAAGAUAAGAAAUCUAGAGCAGAAGAAGUAUGA